AUGGUUCACUGUUGUCAAUACCUGGGACUGGUAGGUGAAGCUGUUAUAUUAUGUCAAUUCGUUCCAAACGGAAUUUUACUUAACUCAGCUAUUCGUCUAAUUCGUGGUCUACCGGUGUUUCCAUGUUCUGAUGGCCUUCACAUGGUUCAACAAUCGCCACAAUUGAGCGACUUAACUUCCUCCUGUUCUACUGCCUGUCCGUCUCCAGCUGCAUCUGCGACUAUUGGAAGUGGUGCAAUCAGCUCCAUCGGCCUAUCUCUGCCUUCGAUGCAAUCAGGUCCUCCUACUGGUACUUCUCUGUCCGGAGGAAGUGGUUCUGGACCUGCUAUGGCUAACUCUACCGGUAUCCUUGCCACAUGUAAUGAAACGAAUGGAGAAGUUACCUGCAGCAAUACUCCUAUCGGUUCUAGUUAUUUGCUGUCCCCUGUUGCAGCAUCUACAGUC